AUGGGCUCAAAAACGGAACUUUUCAAGGGGGAUGGAACAGCGGAGAAGGCAAACGUAUGGUUGCGACAGCUAGAACAGGUGUGGAAGUUCGACGCCAAGAACGACGAGAAGAAAUGGAGAUUCGAGAGAGCACUAUACCCAGGCAGCCCCGCCAAGACAUGGUACAAGGCCCUACCCGCCACUGACAAAACGGAUUGGCAACACAUCACUACCGCAUUCGAGAAGAAAUGGCCGCCCCCUCUAUACACAGCGCGGGAGAACUCAGAGGUGAUGAAGGACCUCAAAGAAAAUGUAUUGGAAGCGAGAGCUGUAGGGGACACCGUGGAGGACAUAUAUGGCACGCGCAUCCCAGCACAUCGCGCGUGGGCCCAGAUCGCAAGACGGCUGAUGAACGACCUACAGGGUGGCGAUCCGUCAAUGUUGCUGAUGAGCGACAUACGAGCCACGCUGCCACCAGGGUUCUGUCGAUUGAUAUCAGAAGAGGCAACAAAGAAAACGUGGGACGACUGGUUUGCGGCGUUCGAAGCCAUUUCCAUCUACGCCAUCAAUGAUUGGAUGGCGGAGAACAGGAUAGAACGGAAGGAGAGCAAGACCCCAGGCACUGGAUCAGCACGCGAAGAGGCAGAAAGCAUCAUAACAAACCUGGUGCACGCAUUCGACGUCACACACAUCCUCUCCCCGACCCGCCCGUGUCAGCGGCAAAGCUUCCAGCUGUCAGCUGCACGCAUACCGCAACCUGUCUUCACCCCACAAGCAACGCCGACCCCGAACCGACAACACCAAGCACGCCCGACAUGGGUGCCGUCCACACUGGUGAGACAGCAACCCCCGCACAUGCCGACAACGAGCCAACUGGCUGGAACAACAAUGCGCCCAACGUCCACGUUCAGCAGGGACUGUAAGGGCAACCUCGAGGCCCGAUCUCAGAGUCCUGACAAGGGAGAGUCCAAAGCGUCAGAUAAGGGGAUCGACUAG